AUGAAACUCUCUGUAACUCUGAAGCUCUUGAUGAUUCUCCUCCAGGAUGUUCUGCCUCUUGUAGUGGCCCAAGAACGGACGCUGCGCUUCGUUACACUGGUGUAUCGCCAUGGUGACCGGUCCCCCCUGGGCACCUACCCCACAGAUCCCCACAAGUCAGGGGCCUGGCCGCAAGGCUUCCAACAGCUUACUGAGGUAGGUAUUUUGCAACAGAAGGCGCUGGGCCGGUUCCUCAGAGAGAGAUACGCCGGAUUUUUGAGCACCUCCUAUAAACCACAGGAGAUAUACAUCCGCAGCACCGAUUAUGAUCGCACGAUAAUGAGUGCCCAAGCCAACCUGAUGGGACUCUAUCCAUACUCAGAUCCGGAGAUAAGCUGGAGACCGGUCCCCAUACACUCAGUGCCUGUUAAGUAUGACAAGCUGCUGAAGCCUCCAACCCGGACCUGCCGACGAUACCAACAGUUGAUGGAAGAGACAAUUAAUUUGCCAAGCUAUCAAGCUAAAAUGGAAGGCUGGAAGGGCUUCGUAACAGAGAUGGCCAAUUACACAGGGCUUAAACCUGAGCAGCUGACUCUGAGGGGCCUUUGGAAAGUGCACGACUCCCUUUUCUGUCAGAAAACACACAACCUGGCCUUGCCUGGCUGGGCCACCUCACAGGUCCUGAGCACACUUUCAGAAAUAGAAGCGUUUAAUAUCGAAGCCCAUGUGGGAAUGCAUGCCAGCCAGGAGAAGGUCCGAUUCACCGGAGGGUUGCUACUGGGUGCUAUCUUGAGCAACUUCUCCAAAAUUGUAUGCAGAGAUCUGCCCAUGAAGAUGAUGAUGUAUUCUGCUCAUGACAGCACCUUAAUUGCUCUGCAAGGAGCCCUGGGCGUUUAUAAUGGCCAUCUGCCACCGUAUGCUGCCUGUCACGGAUUUGAGUUCUACCAGGAAGGCAAUAAUUCAUUCAGUGUAGCCAUGUUUUACCGGAACAAAAGCAGCCAUCAACCCCACACACUAGUCUUGCCUGGCUGCUCCACACCUUGCCCACUACCACUCUUCAUUCACCUUACCCGUACAGUUAUCCCACAGGACUGGGAUGCUGAAUGCCAAAACCCUCAGAGAAGCACAGGGCGCACAGUAACAGCACUGGCUGUGGCAGUAGGUCUGCUGAGCGUAGCAUUAAUUGGAGUGGGUAUCUUGUACUGGAGAAGGUGACGUGAAGAGGAGUUCAUGGCAACCAUCAA